AUGAAUGCCGAUAUAGAAGAAUAUAAAUUGAUGGCAGCUAGCCGGAGUGGGUACUUGCGACUCGUUCAACAGGCGCGUAAGGCAACUUCAGAUUUGGACGUCAUAAUAAGACUUUGCAGAAAUUUAAAUGACAAUAAAGUUACAAUAAAAAUGGAGAUGAUAGAAGUGGAGUCACAGAAACUUAAACCAUUAAUAAAGCUGCCGAAAAUACAACUGAUGAAAUUCGAUGGAUCAGUAAGGAGUUGGGUCGCAUUUAAAGAUAACUUUUUAUCGACCAUUGGAAAUAGAAGUCUUGAUCCAGUGGAUAAACUUAGAUAUCUUAUAUCUUGCCUCGAAGAAGAAGCGAAGAAAUUGGUAGAAGGAUUCCCUAUGGAUGAUGGAUCUUACAGGAAUGUAUGGGAAAUUCUCGAAAGCAGAUAUGGAGAUAAAUCCAUUAUUGUUGAAGAUAGAAAGAAUUAA